AUGUCUCGUCCCGAGGAUAGCCUCGCGGCCGACGUCCACUACGACGACAUUGAAGCCCGCAAGUACACGACGUCCUCGCGCAUCCAAAACAUCCAAGCCUCGAUGACGCGGCGGGCCCUGGAGCUGCUGGACCUGCAGGGCCCGUCGCUCAUCCUCGACAUUGGCUGCGGCAGCGGCCUCUCCGGGGAGAUCCUGUCCGGGGUGGCGGCGGACGAGGGCGGCCCGCACACGUGGAUCGGCAUGGACGUGAGCCCCUCGAUGCUCGACGUGGCGCUGCAGCGCGACGUCGAGGGCGACCUCGUGCUGGCCGACAUGGGCCAGGGCGUGCCCUUUCGCGCCGGCACCUUUGACGCCGCCGUCAGCAUCUCGGCCGUCCAGUGGCUCUGCAGCGCCGAGACGAGCGACACGUCGCCCGCCGGCCGCCUCACCCGCUUCUUCAACGGCCUCUACGCCGCCCUGCGCCGCGGCGGCCGCGCCGUCUGCCAGUUCUACCCCAAAAACGACGCCCAGCGCACCAUGAUCACCCAGGCCGCCGUCAAGGCCGGCUUCGGCGCCGGCCUGCUCGAGGACGACCCGGGCACGAAGAAUGUCAAGCUGUAUCUGGUGCUCACCGUCGGCACCGUGGCGGGUGGUGAGGGCGGCGGCGGCGGCGGGGAUAUUACGAGCGUUGUCGCCGGCAUGGAUAAUGUCGAGGUGGAUGACGCGCGGCGAAAGUUUGCCGCAGUCAAUAAAAAGGCCGAGGUGAAAAAGGGAAGCAAGGCGUGGAUUGUCAAGAAAAAGGAGCAGAUGGAGCGCAAGGGCAAGAUUGUCAAGUCCACGUCCAGAUAUACGGGCCGCAAACGUCGCGUUGCGUUUUAG